AUGAAUGCUAAGAGUGUACAGACCUGGAUUCUUAAACCGGCUAAGGAAAGAGUUCCAAGAGCAAGGGGUUCUAAGAAGGCUGAACCGGCUGCGCCGGAAGGCGCAGGCCCUAAAGAAGUCGAGCCGAAAGAUAAGGGUAAACAGAUAGCGGCGAAAGAGAAGACAGGUAGAAUCAAAUCCGUGGCAAAGAAAACCAGGAAGCCGACUAAUAAGAAAACGACUAGCAAGAAUACUAUAGAGAAAGUGGUACGAGAUGUCACUCGUGCUAAUGAAACCGAAGUGACAAGCGUUCCUAAGAAAACGGGUCAGGUUGGCACAACUGAUCAAACCAAAGUCAAUCUGGUCGAAGAAACGGCCAACACUGAAACUGAAGUACCUCCAGUGCGAGAGGGAGAUAAUGAAGAAAGACAACUAUCCGGUCCGCUGGACCGGCAAGAAGAAUCUCAACCACAUCCAAAUGAGGAUAAAACCGACAAUCCCAUCCCUCCAAGUAAGUCCACUCCUCACUCUACUUCCAAAGAAAAAGAUUCGACCGGGCAAGAGAAAUCGAAAACUGCAGUGUCGGUUCAUACUCAACCAAGUCAGGAAAUUGAGUACACAUCCGAGAAUAUUAAGGACAUCAAUGAUAAUGUUGUUGCCAUUUCAAUGAAUGAAUUGCACAACGUCACGGACGCUAGAACCACCACCCUCAAAUCUGAAUUAAUUGAAUCGGUUAAGGCAACAAUUGAGUCAUCAACCGCUCCGCUGUUGGAAAUUAUGCAAGUUAUGGCGGCUCAGAUUGAGGAGCUGACAAGUCAAAAGAGGUUAAUUCUCAAGACCAGAUCCAAGCCGAUAUUGAAACAACCCUUCGACUCCAAGCCGAAGACGAAAAAGAAGAACGGUUGA